AAUUUGAGCGAGUGAGUGCGUGCAGCUCGAGACGAGUAGCGCAAUAUCAGAAAACAGGCGAUUGACAUGAUGAGAUCCUUAAAAGUUCUGUUGGUCUUACUUUCUCUUUUUUGUGUGUCCCUUUCAAGGGAGUUGGACUCUGGGGAUGAUCUACGUGCUGUUCUCAGAAAACUGGAGAGACUUCUGUCAAGGGAGAUCACUGGUACCAACCCCACACCGGGACCAGAUGGAGAAACCGAUAAAGGACUGUCCGGGGUGUUCAACACGAUUCUAGAACCGUACUUCGGUAGCUUUCCAAGUGGAAAUUUCCAAUUCACGGAGCUGUCUUUGACACGUGAAGAGUUUGUGAAAAUUGCGAAUGAAUGGUACACCACCACUCUCUCAAGGGACUCAUCAGAGUUACAACAAAAGGCGUUUUCCAACAUGACCAGUGUUCUAUUGGAGGCCAUUUUCAAAUGUCCAACAGCAAAAAUCAACCAGAUGGUUUUCUACGUUCUGAAGGACCGGGAGCGGGCCAUGACAGAGGGUGACCGGAAUAUGUACGACUACGUGAAAAAAAUCCUAGAAAACCAAAUAACGAACGACAUCACGAGAGAAAGUGUCGCCCGGAUGAUUGUGAAGGAUGCGCAUAGACAUAUGUUUGGAGACUUUAUGAAGUACAUCAAGUUCUUCUACUUUAAAGAUAUCAUGGAAUUCUUUGGCAAAAUGAAGACCUUGUUAUACGAAGCUAGAAAAGAUGAACUGAGUGUUUCUGAAUUUGACCAAAAAUUAAAUGAGCUGCUUACGUCGGAGAGUAAGUUUGAUUUCAAAUGUCCUCGCCUGCAACAUCUAUGGGAUUUUCACCAGGCACUCGCCGUUCGUUUUCAACAAAAGUUUUCCGAGGACAAACACUUAGGUGAAGCAAGGACGACGAUGACAAAAUACUUGGCUGGAUACCUAACCAGUGAUCCCACGCCUGUCGUCAGUGCCAUUCUCCGAGUCUACAGCAAGUACGUGAAGGGGGCAGUGCGCAACUUUGAACGAGUCGAGACCCACAUGACUACUCGAAACAUGGACGACAUCAUCAACUUUGUGUCUGAAUUCCUCAAUGAAGAGCAGCUUCAGUAUUUGAAGUCUAUCUUUGAAUAUCUGAAAGUAACAGAAAGCGGCAGGAACAUUGGCAGUAGAGGAAUGGGUUCAUCCUCCGAUUGGGAUGAUAUAAUAGAACCCGACAGUGGAUUUGGAGGAGAUGAAAAUACAGAACCAUUCCCAUAGAUGGAGAUGGAACAAUCGAAUGAUACCCUGUGACUCCGGAUAACGAAUGGUCCACCAUAUACUAGCGACGACACGAACAGAAUUUCAGUCUCCUGUGCAAUUGGAGAUUUUGAUCAAUGAAAUAUGAACGAAGUCAAUGACAACAGACUCGUAGAA